AUGGAGUCUGAGAAGUUGAUUAUAAAGGAGGUACAACAAGACACAUACUAUAAUGAGAUAGACUGCUUGAAGCAAAGUAAACCUUUACAAAAGAACAGUAGUUUAAUUGCACUUUCACCACUAUUAGACUCCGAUGGAUUACUUCGAGUAGGAGGAAGACUUAAAAUCUCAGACAUCGAAAGUUGUGAAAAAAUGCCUGUAAUUAUACCAGGUAAAAGCUACAUUGCUACAUUAAUAGUCAAGCACUGUCACAAUGCUGUUCAGCACAUGGGAAGACAUUUUACUGAGGGAGCAAUUCGUUCGAGAGGAAUAUGGUUGACUGGAGGUAAACGGCUCAUUAAUUCCAUCCUACACAACUGUAUAAAAUGUCGUAAAUUGCGAGGAAGUGCCGAACAACAGAAGAUGGCUGAUCUCCCAUCUGACCGUCUCACACCAAGCCCUCCAUUUACCUAUGUGGGCGUGAACACCUUUGGUCCUUGGUCCAUCUUAACAAGACGCACACGUGGAGGUUCAGCCAAUACAAAGCGAUGGGCGAUUAUGUUUUCCUGUCUAGUAACUCGAGCAAUACACAUAGAAGUGGUUGAGGAGAUGACUUCAUCUUCCUUUAUCAAUGCGUUGCGCAGAUUUGCAGCUCUUCGAGGACCAGUCAAGGAAUUCCGAUCAGAUCAAGGUACAAAUUUCAUUGGAGCUAUUAAUGAACUAGACAUUACAAGUUUCAACGUUGAAGACCAACCAAUUAAAGACUAUCUCCAAAACAAUGGAACCAUAUGGAAAUUUAACCCACCACACGCCUCCAAUAUGAGCGGUGCUUGGGAGCGUAUGAUAGGACUAGCUCGAAAGAUCUUGAAUUCAAUGUUGUGCGAUAUAAAAGGUAAACAACUUACACAUGAAAUUCUAUGCACUUUAAUGGCGGAAGUAUGUUGUAUUGUGAACAGCAGACCAAUAACUGUAGUAUCUAGUGAUCCAGAGUCACCUCAUGUGUUAUCGCCGAAUGUCCUUCUCACUCACAAAACAGACAAUGAUACGGAAUAUAUUCUAGAUUUAUCACUUAAAGAUACUUAUAAGUAA